UUUCCUUCAUUACAGGGACAGUGAGAGGAAGGUGGAAGGAAAUGAACUGGGAAAGCAGUUUGUAUGAAGCAUCCAAGCUGUUAUUUUCAAAACCCUUUUGCACGUAGCGGUCUAUACUACAGUACAAAACCGUGUCAAGAAUUUUUGGUCAAGAUUAAGAAAGAUUUACCAUUCAAAGUAUCCUGGUCAGCCUGAUGAACCCCAACCCCACGAAGUUUUCAGGCGCCAUACAUGCAAUAUAAAAGAAUCCGAAAAUUCAGAGAAAUAGAGAUCUCUUUCGUGAAGUAAGGUGGAAGCCAUCGAAAGCAGCUCGAACCUGCAAAUGCUGUAUAUUAGCAAUAAUAUUUGGGUUAACAUUAAGGAUAAGCAGAUGAUCAGAAUCAGGUAUCGCAAACUAGUGUUUCUUCUUCCGAGCAAGAACUGCCCGUCACCAGUUUCUCUACCUCCAAAUAGGCCUCGUCUGUGCACCACCCUAUUAUCUCCAUCUUCUUGUCAUGGAUUUUCGAAAGGCGCUUCUUCAUGCCAUUCUCUUCAUCUUCACAAUGAGUAGCAGUCAUUUCAAGGCUUUCUUUUCGACCGGGAAAAUUCCAGCUUCAACAAGUUCAUUGUCUAUUAAGGAGCAAAUUGAAGCUGAAAGUAGAGUCGAGCAUGUUGGAUUACUCAAUGCAGUUGAGGAUUUGUAUGAAGGAAUUGUAAUAGAAAUGAAAGAAUCUGUGGACUCUACAGAAUUUAUCCCUUCACUCAGAGCAUCCAUAGUAAAAUGGAGGCAACAAGGGAAAAAGGGUGUAUGGAUCAAAUUGCCUAUUGGACUUGUUAGUCUUGUUGAACCUCUAGUUCAGGAAGGAUUUAGAUAUCAUCAUGCUGAACCAGACUACUUGAUGCUGGUGUAUUGGAUUCCUGAUACUCCCGAUACUCUUCCAGAAAAUGCUUCGCAUCGUGUAGGGGUUGGGGCUUUUGUAUUGAAUAGUAAUGGAGAGGUUCUUGUAGUCAAGGAGAAUAGUGGAGGAUUUAAAGGCACAGGUGUAUGGAAGCUACCUACCGGGGUGGUUAAUGAGGGUGAGGAUAUUCCUUCAGCUUCAAUUCGAGAAGUUAAGGAAGAGACAGGAAUUGACACAGAAUUUAUGGAAGUUUUAGCAUUCAGACAAAGCCACCGAUCAUUCUUUAGCAAAUCAGAUCUAUUUUUCAUUUGCAUGCUAAGGCCACGCUCUUUUGACAUCCAGAAGCAAGAUUUAGAGCUCGAGGCAGCUCAGUGGAUGCCAAUUGAAGACUAUGUGAACCAACCUUAUAACAAAGAACAUCAGCUCUUCAAAUAUGUUGCCGAAAUAUGCAGAACUAAAGCCAAGAUGGACUACAGUGGGUUUUCUGCAAUGCCUGUAGCCCCAGAUUCUGGUAAAGAAACCUACUUGUACUUCAACAACAGGGAUUUCAACUAAGCUUCUGCGAAAGAAAUCCACGGAUUGUUACACAACUGUCGCUUACAAACUGUAUAACUCCAUAGUUUUUCCUGUCUACCUUCUCUUGUUGUUUUGUUAAAUGUCUAUACAUAGACAACUCUCACACAAAUGGAAAGCCAAAGAAAAAAGGAAUAAUUCUUCGUUUAUGAACAUGCUUCACAGCAA